UACUACUAAUAAUUAGCUGCUUUCUUAAUAACAAAGUCAUCUAAAUUCUACUUUUCAACUAGUACUAGUACUCCAAAAAUGGCUUUUUUCCAAGUCCAUUAGCCUACCAAAAAUCCUAAUCCUUCAAUUUUUUUCUUCUCUGUAUUAAGUAUACAAGGGGUAUAGAUAAUUUUUUCGUGAAAAUCGUGAAAUUUGGUUGAUGGAAUCAAGAGGAUCGUUGAAAUCGUUGGCGCCGGGGUUCAGAUUUCACCCGACGGAUGAAGAAUUGGUUCGUUAUUAUCUGCGCCGUAAAAUCACAGGGAAACCCAUUAAAUCUGCUCCUAUUUCUGAUAUUGAUAUUUACAAAGUUGAGCCUUGGGAUCUUCCUGGCAAGUCGAGGCUGAAAACAAGAGAUUUGGAAUGGUACUUCUUUAGCGUUCUUGAUAAGAAGUAUGGUAAUGGAGCAAGGACGAACCGAGCUACAGAAAAAGGCUACUGGAAGACAACUGGAAAGGAUAGGGCUGUCCAUCGCAAUAAGUCUCAGGUUGUGGGGAUGAAGAAGACUCUAGUUUUUCACAGUGGUCGGGCUCCAAAGGGUCAGAGGACUAAUUGGGUGAUGCAUGAGUACAGACUGAUUGAUGAGGAGUUAGAUAGAGCUGGAAUUCCUCAGGAUGCGUUCGUGGUAUGCAGAGUCUUCCAGAAGAGUGGUGCAGGGCCGAAAAAUGGGGAACAGUAUGGGGCACCUUUUAUAGAGGAGGAAUGGGAGGAUGAUGAGUUACAGGUGCUUCUGAAGGACGAGGCUGCUGAUGAAUUUGUAUUUGAUGAUGAUAUUUAUUUAGAUGGAAUUGAACUUGACCAGAUUCUUGGAACCGAAACCACUUUGAAUAGUGCUCCUCUUCCUUUGGACUACUGUUAUGGUGAAAAUGGAAGUAGUGAGGAGACAAAUAACUCCUCUGAUUCACAAAAUUGGCUGCAGCAACCUGACGAGCUAAAACCAAUUGAUCUAGCUGUUCAACAGAAUGUUGAUGUCGAUCCAGUCAUGCAUGAAUAUAUUGGUGAAUCAAGCAAGAAUGUGAACUCUGAAGAUGUGGAUUACUUGCUUAAUGAACCAACUGUAAAUGCAACUGAUGACCUUCAAUUUAAGGAAGAAGCUUUCCUCGAAGCUAAUGAUCUUUCAAAUCCCAUUGAGGUUGAUAGCUCUGGUUUUGACAUGCUUGAGGAAUACCUUACUUUCUUUGAUGCAAAUGAUGAUUUCCAGAAUAUGGGUUUUGAUCCUUCAGUUUUGUUUGGAAAUGAUGAUCAAAUUUCUGAUCAAGCACUGCUGGCUGAGAAGAACAUCGGUGAGGUAACUCAGCAAUUUAUUGCACCCAACGAAGGGCUUGGUGAAUAUAAGAAUGAUUUUGCAUCAUCCUCUAAACUGGAACUGACUAAAUUUGGAUCAGAUCAUCAGUAUCCAUUUAUGAAGCAGGCAAGCAAGAUGUUGAGCAAUAUUCAUGCUCCUCCAGCAUUUGCUUCAGAGUUCCCUACAAAAGAUGCAACUCUCCGUCUGAAUUCAUUGUCUCAGUCAUCUAGUUCAGUGCAGGUCACUGCUGGUUUUCAAAUGAGGGACAUGACUGUGGGUAGCAAUGGGACGGGGUGGCCAUUGGGCAAGCAUGCGGAUUACAAUAUUUUCCUGUCUUUUGGCAUUUCACGAGGUAGUGAUGAGUCCGCCGUGGAGUCAUUUUAUAGCAUUCAUCCUGGAAAGACGACUUCAAUCAUAUCAAGGGGCUGGUUCUAUUAUCUAUUCUUUUCGUUCCUAAUGCUUUGUAUGAGCUUCAAAAUUGGGACCAUAAUUUGUGCCAGUUAAGGUAUCAGCACUUUAGGAAGCUCAAUUAUGCUGAAGCUCGAGGUUGCUGUUAUUAUACAAAUUCUCGGUACAUUAUUAGAUCUCAACUAAGACUUUAUACUGUGUCCUAAAGGAGGAAUUUUCUUUCUUUUCCUUUUUGCCUUCCUUUUUUGGGUGGUAAGUUAGAUAAAGUUUGCAGUCUACUGAUUGCUUAAAGUAAGCGAGGUUUUGGAUCAUUUUAAGCUUCCAGCUCUGAAACUUGAACAUGUUAUAUAUAACAGUUGUUGAGGUUUUUAUUUGGAAGACUUUCUUGAAACAUGUAGGAAAACUUUGCCAGCA